AUGUUACUGGAUUUCUUAGCCUCUCAUCUUUCACAGGCUGGUGAUGGAAACUUUAAGAAGGCUACAUGGAAUGCCACAGCAGCCCACAUGGUUCAUAAUUAUCCACCAGGUCCAGAUAAUGGUGAUAAGACAGCUGAAUCAUGUGAGUGGAAGUUCAAGGUGCUUAAAAAAUCCUACUAUGCCAUCACUGAUCUUAAAUCAGUGGCCUCUGGCUUUGCUUAUGAUGAUGAGCAUGGUGUGAUGGUCUUGCUGGACAAUGCCAAUCUUUGGGAUUGUCACUUCGCUCGCAAUUUCGUGUUUUCCCACUCGCACGCACUCACAUGUCAAGCACUCGCACUCGUAUUACCCACUAUCUUCAUGCUCGGUCUUAAAAUUCCGUGCCGAGGCUCGCCCGAAGCACCGAGCUUCUCUGGGCACCCUGAGGACUUACAAUUCUAUUUCGAUGACAUAAUCGACUUCUGUGAUGGAUUCGGGCUCUCAGACGGACCCGAGCGAAUCAGAUUUGCUCUCAAGUAUGCGCCUUUCGAGUCGGCAGACCUCUGGUCCCACUUCGUCAGUAGUAGUCAAGGAGAUUGGGCUCGUUUUACCUCGGAAAUCACUCAGCAGUAUUCAGAAUUACAGGAAAUCACUCGAAACAAGUUCUACAAACUUCGCAAGGCGCUCGCAAGCUCAGACACCAUCUCGACAUCAUCCCUGGGCGAAUAUUAUCGCAUUUUUCGUCGCUUAUCGUUGUCUCUCGAGAAGGAACAUGGGCCGCUACCCCACCUAACAUCCAGCUUCUUUCAUGGAUUCCCGCCCGAGUUCAGACAAGAGCUUCUUGAGUUUCAUGACCCACCAGCUCAAACCUUUACUGUACCUAGUCUUAUAGCUGCAGCAGGACGGGUUCUCGCACUCGGCAAUGGCCUCUGGAAGAGCCGCAAGGUCGACAGUUCACGCGCGCAGCCAUCACGCGCCUCAGACAAUCACUCUCCCCACCGUUUGUACUCAUUCUGCUUCUUCUGCGGACUUUCAGGUCAUGUUCGAGCGGGUUGCCAUUCGUUCAAGUCAUAUUUAGCUUUGGGAAAGUGUCUACUUGUCGAUGGCCGCGUUGUUCUACCUACAGGACUGGAAAUCCCGCGUGAAGUUGCCGGACGGACUCUGCGAGACCGUCUCGACAACUGGUCUUUGUUGACAAGCCGGUUCGAGGCUCGUAUGGGCUCAUCGCCCGCUCGCUCGCUUUCACCCACAGCCGCACCCUCUCGAAGCGUGUUCAAUGCACCAUCGCACAUACCUGCUCAGACGAGCAUCGUGUCUACUCGGUCCCUGCCUACUCUCCAGCUCGAGCCAGUAGUACCCGACCCGCCAGUCAUUCGGUCUCGUCGCUCGUCAGCCGAGCGCUCUCGUAGCUCACCGCACGCGCAGCCACAGUCGAGGUGGCCAUGUGGCCGAGGCCAAUCGCCCUUGCGUCCUCGUUCACAUUCGCGCUCGCGGACUCGAACGGCUUCGUACACACGUUCGAAAGAUGAAUUCAUACCGGUUCAGUCGUAUGCCCGCAGCUCGAAGCAGUAUCAUCCUCAAAGGCGCUCGUAUUCAUAG